AUGGCCAACAGUUCAUGGUCUGAUAUGUUCCCUAAUGGCCGCUCCCAUUAUCUCCAACUGGAAGCCUCAGAUCACAGACCUCUUAUCUCCACCUUCGACUCAAAAAGGAAGAGAACUGCAAAAAUCUCCCGAUAUGACCGUCGCCUACGAAAUAAUGAAGAAAUAAGCAAGCUAGUUUCAGAAAUCUGGAACGAUAAUGCUGACUUACCUGUCUCUGGCCGUAUCAGCAAAUGUCGCCAUGCCAUAUCGGCUUGGAGUAAGAAGUUCAACAUCAAUAGCAGGAAAUUCAUUGUGGAGACAAAGGAUGCCUUAGAUAACGCCCUCUCUGCACUACUCUCUGACGAUGACCUUAUUGCUCAACUGAACCUGAAGCUCCUCAAAGCCUACAAAGUAGAAGAGGAGUUCUGGAGGCAACGCAGAAGACUCCUUUGGCUCACACUGGGAGACAAAAAUACAAGCUUUUUCACGCUACUACAAAAGGAAGAAGAGCAAGAAACCGUAUUUCGGUCAUUGAAAAUGGGGAAGGCCUACCAGUUUUCGAAGAUGAACAAAUUGCGCAACUCUGCAAUUGAGACAGUACAUCAAGCCAUUGAACCAUGCAUCUCUAGUGCUACUAACGAGUCUCUGAUUAAAAUGCCUUCACCUGAGGAGAUUAAAGAGUCAGUCUUCGCCAUUCAUCCUGAUAAAGCUCCCGGCCCCGAUGGCUUCUCUGCGAGCUUCUUCCAGUCUAACUGGGACGUGGUUGGGCCUGCAAUAACCAAGGAGAUUCAAUCUUUUUUUGUGGAAGGAACUCUGCGACGCACCAUCAACUCUACACACAUAAGACUUAUCCCAAAAAUCUCUAGUCCUAAGGCGGUUUCAGACUACAGACCUAUUGCCCUAUGCAACGUCUACUACAAGGUGAUUUCAAAGCUGCUCUCGCUAAGACUAAAGCCUAUUCUACAAGAGGUUGUCUCGGAGAACCAAUCUGCUUUCGUACCUGGGUGGGUCAUCUCUGAUAACGUGCUGAUUACGCACGAGACUCUACACUAUCUCAAGACAUCAGGAGCCACCAUACACUGUUCCAUGGCCGUCAAAAUGGACAUUAGUAAGGCCUAUGACAGGCUCGAAUGGUCCUUUAUACGAUGUGUGUUUGAGAGAAUGGGUUUCUGUGGUACCUUUGUCGACUGGAUCAUGGAAUGUAUAACGACUGUAUCCUAUUCCUUCCUCCUUAAUGAUGAAGCAGUAGGUAGCGUCGUGCCACAGCGAGGUAUCAGACAGGGGGACCCGAUGUCUCCUUAUGUGUUCAUCGUCUGUGGUGAAGUACUUUCAGGACUCUGCAUCAAAGCGCAAAUAGAAGAAUCAUUACCAGGAUUAAGAGUUUCAAGAAAUAGUCUAAAGAUCAACCACCUGCUUUUCGCUGACGACACAAUGUUCUUUACCAAAACCGACAGCUAUGCUUGCUCCAAUCUUGGGAACAUUCUACGCAUCUACGAAUCAGCUUCUGGUCAAAAGAUAAAUGCGCAAAAAUCCUCAAUUUCCUUCUCUAGCAAGACACCUGCAGAAACACGCAUUAGAGUCAAACAACAACUGGGAAUUGAAAAGGAGGGAGGAGUUGAAAAAUAUCUAGGACUACCUGAGCAUUUUGGACGCAAGAAAAAAGACCUCUUCUCAUCGAUUGUUGACAGGAUGAAACAACGCACCCUCAACUGGUCCACUCAAUUCCUCUCCACUGCAGGCAAAGCGACUAUGAUCCAGUCAAUCAUAUCGCCAAUCCCGUCCUUUGCUAUGACGUGUUUUGAACUCCCGGUCAGCCUCUGUAAGAGGAUACAAUCAGUGCUGACCAGGUUCUGGGAGGAUGCAAGCGAUGGAGCCAGGAAGAUCUGCAAGUACUGCCACAAGACCUCAUUCCUAAAAGUGCAACCUACUUUGGCUAUCUCACAUGGUUGGAGAGGGAUUCUGCGAGGCAGAGAUCUGCUAGUGGAACACCUAGGUAAAGCAAUAGGAGAUGGGGAGACUACAUCGGUUUGGAAUGAUUCGUGGAUUGAUCCGGAAGCUAAUCUAAAGCCCUUUGGCCCUAUGCUACCGCAAGAUAGAGACUUGAUGGACCAAAUCCUGAAGAUCCGCCCUAGCGUUUUGGGUAAGCAGGAUUCGUUCGUCUGGCCUCUGCAAAAAUCAGGAGUUUAUAGUGUUAAAUCAGGCUAUUACUCUACAUUCCUACCACAACACCGAGCAUUGGAGACACAGUUAGACACAACUUCAAAAGAGUGGAAAAAACUUAUCUGGAGUAAGCACAUCUCGCCGAAGAUUAAAUAUUUCCUCUGGAAGGCUGCAUCAAACGCCUUUCCAACGGGAGAGAAUCUACGAAAGCGGGGACUUCUGCUGAACACAACUUGCAUUCGUUGUGGAGCCCCUGAGAGUGUUGAGCAUAUUCUCUUCCACUGCCAAUUCGCCAUCGAAGUCUGGAGCCACAGCCCUUGGAAUCUCACAAUCGACACCACAUCUGCUACUAACUUCUUCGAGAAGCUUGACGAUUCUUGGAAGAAGACCCCGCUACCCCCAUAUGGAUUCACAGGCAGCGCCUUUCCUUGGCUAUGUUUGUUUCUUUGGAUCGCACGAAACGAAAUCAUCUUCGAGAAUAGGAUCCAAUCACCGCAAGACCUAGUUCUUCAGGCUCUCUUGGCUCUCAAGGAAUGGGAAUCAGCUCAACCGCUGAAACCCCCAAUUCUACUUGCCCCCACGCAGUAUCGCCACAAUCUAAGCCCUAUCAGACCGGAGAUCUUCUGCAACACUGACGCCUCUUGGAGACACUCAUCAAUGGACGCGGGCUUGGCAUGGAUCUUCACUGACAGAGAUGGAUCGGAGCUCGCUCGUGGACCUGCGAAGAAAUCAUCGGUCUCUUCGCCUUGCAUGGGAGAGGCUUUGGCUAUCAGAGAAGCGCUGCUCCAAGCGGCAUCUCGAAACUACUCCAGUAUCUGUAUCCGAACAGACUCACGAGUGCUUACUGAAGCAAUCAACUCUCGCCAGAAAACGAUGGAACUCUACGGUGUUCUCUCGGAUAUCGACGAUCUAUCUUUCUCUGUUUCUUCGCCUUUCAAUUCUUAUCGUUUCAUGUUUAUCCCUAGGGCCAGCAAUGGGCCUGCAGAUAGCCUUGUUAAGGCCUGUCUUGCAUUCCAUGUAUUGUUGGACCUAAACUCUAAUUAG